AUGAAAAGGCAACACAGUUUGACAGAUUUUUUCAAUAAGAAAACAAAGUCAGAUUCUUCUGUUGUAUCAGAAUUGGCCUUGGAAGGUUCAACACAGUCACUAGCACAACCAAUCCAGCCUGAAGAAAGCAGCACGUCGAUUGAAAUAGAAAAUCACAACAACUCCAAUAUUGUAAAUAGUCUUCCUGAAUGCUGGUCAGUGCAACAAUAUAAAAAUUUUAAAGAAAAAUAUGAAGGACUGGGAAUUUCUAACAAAAAGUUAGGUUGUGAGUAUUGUGCAAAAUAUGAUUUCAUAAAAGAGAAAAGUGUUCAUGCGUCAAAAGAGUGGAAAGGUUUUCAGAUUGAGGCAUCAGGGAAAAACAGAGUGGUACAACAAGCUUCUCUAAGGAAAAAAAUGAAAGAACAUUUUUCAUCAAAGGCUCAUAACAUAUGUAAAGACAACUUCAAAAUACGUGAGCAGGAUACUAUAACAAACGUAGUAGAUACAAUGAAUAAAAAAUAUUUCAGUACUACUUGUAGAGUAUUUAAUACAGUUUACAGCCUGUCAAAAAGAUGUAAACCAUUUUCAGACAUAGAAGAUGAGAUUGAACUGCAAAUGAAAAAUGGAUUAGAUAUGGGAAUAGGAUUGCAUUCACGUAAAACUGCUGUGAAAAUAGUUGAUUUUAUUGCAAAGGAAAUUAAAAAAGAAAUAUUUACUAAAAUUACUGAAAAUGAUAAGAAAAUAUGUUUGAUUAUUGACGAAGCUUCAACGAUAUCUUGCAAACCAGUUAUUAUACUUUUCUUAAAAGUUGAGGACUCAGUUUCAUCUCCAACAAUUUUUGUUGAGCCAGUUGAAUUGGAAAAACAAGAUGCAGAGACAAUAUGUUCUUCAGUUAUGGAAAGUUUAAAUAAAGUUGGGCUUACUAAGAACUACUUACAAAAAAAUUUAAUAGGAUUUUGCUCUGAUGGUGCAAGUGUUAUGCUUGGGAGAAAAUCUGGAGUGAGCACUAGGAUAACAAAAGACUUUCCAAACAUAAUAAUAUGGCACUGUUUAAACCAUCGCCUCCAACUUGUUUUAGAUGACUCAAUAAAGGAAAUAAAGCAAGUAAAUCAUUUCAAAAUAUUCAUUGAUAAGAUAUAUACUAUUUUUCAUCAAUCCAAUAAGAACCAGAUUGAAUUUACCAAAAUAUCCGAACAACUUGGAAUUGAAAUUAUAAAGAUUGGUAGAGUUUUGGGACCAAGAUGGGCUGCCUGUAGUUUAAGGUCAACCCUAGCUGUGUGGCGCGCUUAUCCUGCGCUACAUCACUAUUUUUCUUCAAAUGCAAAGUACUUGGGUAUGGCUACCCGUCUUAAAAAUAUAUUUUUUUUCACUGAUUUGGCAUUGAUGAUUGAUAUUUUCAACGAAAUUUCUUUGCUUUCCAAUGCACUGCAAGCAAGAAAUACAGACAUAAUAAAGGCUGAAAAACUUGUGAUACGAUCAAUUAAAGCAUUUGAAAUGCUUGAAAAAGAAAAGGGUCCAUACGAAAAAAAAAGGUAA